UUUUUUGGAAACAAAGAAGGACCCAAACGUUUGACAAAAUAUUAGAUUUUAAUUUUAGAGUUAGGAAACUAUUUGAGAGUGAUUUGCACGAGAUCAAUGUGGUGAAUUACAAAAUGCAACACGAACACCUCUUCACACAAUCUCCAUCGCGCCACUCAUCAAUUACAUUACAUGGACGGUGAUUAUACUUUCACCUUUCCACUCUUCAAAUCUUCCAUUUUGAUUUCGGAAACACCAAAACAUAUAUAUAGAUGCUCAAAAUAUUUCAGUUUUUCAAGUUUAUCACUUUCCUUCAAAUUCUCAAGGUACUCAUUGAAUAUAGGGUUGAUGGAAGCUGUGCAUUUUUGUAUUUGAAAGAAUGAAUAUUGGCCUUGUCAAUGCCACCGUUUUGAUUUGUUACUGGAGUGAUAGUCCAACUAAAUUAAGCCAAGCAAUGCUAUGAAGCUGAAUGAUACUUCAGAUUGAUGGCGUAUCCGAUGUCACAUGUGUUGAUGCUUUUGUGUCAUAUCUAGUGUCUGUAAAACAAAUAAUUUUGGAUUUGCGGAGAGGGUUGUAAUGCUCAAUGUUGAUGCCGACCACUGGGAUAGGGAUGAAUUAUGCAAAGGAUGAUAUGAAUUUUAUUCAACAAGUACAGAGGCAUUACGUGGUUGUGAUUGGUGAAGAGAUUGAUUUAGAAAUUGAACUUGGAGAAGAUGAUCCUUCAUUUGGUAAUACUAUAGUAAUUGGUGUGCCAUUGCGGGGAUCUUUUGCAGAGGAGCAUGGUGAGAGCGCAGAUGGUGGUGGUUACUCAGCUUUCUAAAUAUGUUCGAGAUAUGUCUCAGACUCAACAAGUGAAUAUGAAGAAAAAUGUUAAAAGUUGGAGAGAGGAAUGAGCUGACACCUACAAAUGGGCUUGUGUCGGAUGUGAAAGACGGAAUGCCAAGGACUUUCUGCUAUGUCUGCAGGGAAUUUGGCUGGAAACAUCAGAGAAAUCCUUACGGGAAUGAAGGUAGCUGUAAUAUGCAGAUGAAUACCCUUGAAGACCACAAUAAUAAAUUGCUUAAUAAAGAGGCUUAUUGUCUUCAAUCGGUCUCCAAAUACAAAAUCACAGCUCUCAAGCCCGUUUACAUAAAAGAAGCUAAACUAAUCCACCUAAAUUGACACCAGAGAGAAUCGAACCUGAGACAUUGAGGAGGAGCAUACUCCCCGAUCCCAAGCCAAUACCACUAGGCCAACCUAAUUGGGUUUCCUAAUACACCUUAAUUGCGCACCAUUUAAUUUCUUGAUAAAAAAUGGUUGCAUUAUUUUGGGUAUUGUCUGACAAUUUCUAUGAUUGAAGCUGUAAUGUCAAAAACAGUGGGAUCUAUUCUUAAAGCUACAGUAAAAAGGGAUCCUCACGAGGCCGAGUUCAUUCAGGCAGUUCACGAGGUAGUUCAAGAUCUUGAGAGAGUCAUUGGGAAAAAUUCUCAGUGAGUUUUGUUCAAAUGGUUAUUAUUGUAUAAUUUUUAUUUAUUAUUACAGAUGACAAACCUAAUGUUUUAGAACUGUAUUUAUAAUAUCGUCACAUUUCUCUUGAAAAGCAAAUUUGAUGUAAAACUCAAGGGUAAUUUUUUUAGCCUAAUGUAAAUUAAAAAAAUCGUUUUUAAUCGAUUCAGUCGAAUCGAGGUUUGGCGUUGAUACAAUACUGAUUGAAAGUAACAAGAAUAUAAAGAGACUGUGAGGAGGUGUAUUGGGAAAAACCCAAGGUUUACACUGAAAGGAGAUAAGGUCUGAAAAUAGUUUAUAAAGAGUGGCACCCCUUGCCUUACAAGUUAGAAGCCGGUUUUGUAUGGAUGAGUUAAGUCCAAUAUAUAAACCUAAUAUAAGUUUUACCAAAAUCAUGUUUGAUAAAAAAAAAAAAAAAAACGCAUUUGACCCUCCAUAUUGUAUAUCCAAACAUGCGAUUAAUAUGUAAAUGAGAGAUAUGUUGCUUAUGAUGGACUAAAAAAUAGGUUGGUCCCUUCUCUUUACCGCACGUGGGUGGAAGUUGGUGGCCCCAAAAGAGGAUAAUAUUAAUAUUCAGCACACGUGCAUAUUGUGGAUUUCGAUUAGUAGCGGAUUUGCGGCCAAAUACAUGCUUCACAGUGAACCCGUAUCUAGAUUUAAAUAUUUUUAGUAUUAUAUUAAUGAUAAUCGGAUUAUAAAGUAACCGUUGCAUGGUGUUCUUAAUUUGAUAGUUUUCCAAAAACGUGACAAACUUUUUUAUUCGAGAUAAAUAUAAGAAUACCAUCGCAGGUUAGUUCCUAUCUACCAUCUUUUGUUUGAUGUUUUCGCCUUUUGUAUGAAAUUCUGUGUAGUUUGAAAGUCCUGUUGUUUUCUCUUCGUACCAGAUUAUUGACGCUGGUGGGAAGGAGUUCAGAUUUACAUGGUUGAGGGUGAUGAUCUAUGUGAUAGUCUUGAACAGCAUCAAGGUGUAGAUGGAAAUGGUUUGCUUGUUGAAUCUGGGUGUGCCUGGCGCAAAGUGAACUUACAACGUAUCUUGGAAGAGUCAACUAAGAAUCUGGUCAAAAUGCGGUCACAUGAAGCCGGACACAAUCUCAAGCCACACAAGUCGCCUGAAGAAAAUCAUAACCAAACACCUGCCGUUGAAGAGUUUCAUGAUCAGACAUUUGCUGCACAGGGACUUCAUGAUCAGACAUUUGCUCCACAGGGAGGUUUUGAUUAUAGUGAAGGUAGGUCAGGCAGCUCCAGUGCUAGUGGAAGUGAUAGUGAAAGUAACAGCAGCGACAGUGGAAGUGACAGUGGAAGCUAUAGUAGUAGCAGAAGUAGAAGUUCCGAUGGAUCAUCGAGUGAGAGUAGUAGUGACAGUGAAAGUGAUACGUCUUCCAGCAGCGAGGGAUUAGAGAGUACCGAUGAGGACGUAGAUAUUUUGAGUGAUGAAAAAGAGCCAAAGCACCAAGCAGAAGUCUGUGAUCAAAGAACGUCCUUGCCCAUUCCAGUAAAAUCUCUUGAUGGAAAGUCUACGCAGAAUGCGGUUGAUGAGAAGCAGGAUGAUAAUAAAUCUGAUGCAGUUGAUAUUGAAAAAGACUCAUCUAAGGAAUGGGAAGCUAAAAUGGCGCCGACUACAAAUACCAUUUCUGAUAGAGUUAGAAAAUAUGCAGAAGAGACAAAGGCUUUUUCAUAUGAUUAUCAACAGCCCCAGGAGCGCAAAGAUUAUACAAGGAGUUCGUUUUAUGAAAGGGGAAGUGAAGUCAAAGAUAGCUCCAGGAACGAACAAUCUGACAGCUUUGAGAAACUAUCUACAGGUAAGCAUCAGAGGGAUUCUGAAUUGAAGAACAUUGGUGAGAAAUCUGAAGGUACAAAGAGGUUGAAAGGAGGAAAUCUUGACUCGUGAAUCAUAUUCUAUGGAUACAUGUUUAAAUGUUUGGGAACUCUAGAAAAUUUUCUCAUUUGGAAUUUACUGAAGACAUUGGUAAGGCCCCUGUAACAGAAAUUAAGUGAAUUAGCUUAUUUUAAGUCUGAGUUUUACUUUAUGUUUUUUACCCUUUUAGCCUUGAGGGUGUAUUUAAACUUGGCCUUGUGCUUCAUUUGCAAUGAGUCAACAUUUCAACAAAA